CUUGUCCCUCUCUGCUCUCCGUACGAUCCGGAAACUGACAGCUGGGCCGGAGACUCGUGGGUUGUGUGUACACCCGAAACACCCGGAGAUGAAGCCCAAGAAAAAACAGGGAGACGUCAGCCAGGCGGAGCUGAUGAUGAAGACCAUCGCUGACGUCAUCAAACAACUCUUAGAAGCUCACGAGCAAGGGAAGGACGUGAACCUCAACAAGUUGAAGACAAAAACAUCCGCCAAGUACGGUCUGUCGGCUCAACCGCGCCUCGUAGACAUCAUUGCUGCUGUCCCUCCGCAGCACCGCAAAGUUCUUGUGCCAAAGUUAAAAGCGAAGCCCAUCCGUACUGCCAGUGGGAUUGCUGUGGUGGCGGUCAUGUGUAAACCUCACAGAUGUCCUCACAUUAACUUUACCGGAAAUAUUUGUGUGUAUUGCCCCGGAGGUCCCGAUUCUGAUUUUGAAUACUCGACCCAGUCGUAUACAGGAUAUGAGCCGACAUCCAUGCGAGCUAUCCGGGCCCGGUACGACCCCUUCCUGCAGACCAGGCAUAGAGUCGAACAGCUCAAGCAGCUGGGGCACAGUGUGGACAAGGUGGAGUUCAUUGUCAUGGGGGGCACAUUUAUGGCACUUUCUGAAGAUUACCGAGAUUACUUCAUCCGCAACCUGCAUGACGCCCUGUCCGGGCACACCUCCAACAGCGUGACUGAAGCCGUACGAUACUCUGAAAGGAGUAACACAAAAUGUGUGGGAAUAACCAUUGAGACCCGGCCGGAUUACUGCUUGAAGCGACACCUGAGUGACAUGUUGUCUUAUGGCUGCACCAGGCUAGAAAUCGGCGUGCAGAGUGUGUAUGAGGAUGUAGCGAGGGACACUAACCGAGGUCACACGGUGAAGGCGGUAUGCGAGUCCUUUCACAUGGCCAAAGAUGCCGGCUUCAAAGUAGUUUCCCACAUGAUGCCAGAUCUGCCGAACAUGGGACUGGAGCGAGAUAUCGAACAAUUCAUCGAAUUUUUUGAAAACCCCGCUUUCAGACCUGAUGGAAUGAAGCUCUACCCAACAUUAGUUAUCCGCGGCACCGGGUUGUAUGAACUUUGGAAAACUGGAAGAUACAGAAGCUACUCUCCGAGCACAUUGGUAGAUCUGGUGGCCAGGAUUUUGGCCCUCGUUCCACCAUGGACCCGAGUAUACAGAGUGCAGAGAGACAUUCCCAUGCCGUUGGUAAGCUCUGGAGUGGAACAUGGUAACCUUCGAGAGUUGGCAUUAGCCCGAAUGAAAGAUCUUGGCACAGAGUGCCGUGACGUCAGGACAAGAGAAGUGGGAAUCCAAGAAAUUCAUCACAAAGUCAGACCCUAUCAGGUGGAACUAAUCCGCAGAGAUUAUGUGGCCAACGGGGGCUGGGAGACAUUCCUGUCAUAUGAGGAUCCAGAACAAGAUAUUCUUAUCGGAUUGCUACGCCUGAGGAAGUGUUCUCCAGAAUCCUUCCGACCUGAAUUAAAGGGAGGUGUGUCCAUAGUGAGAGAACUUCAUGUAUAUGGAAGUGUGGUCCCUGUCAGCAGUCGUGACCCAUCCAAGUUUCAGCAUCAGGGUUUUGGGAUGUUAUUGAUGGAGGAGGCUGAACGUAUAGCAAGAGACGAGCAUGGAUCCUUAAAAAUAGCUGUCAUUUCCGGUGUCGGCACUAGAAACUACUACAGAAAAAUUGGAUAUGAACUAGAGGGACCCUACAUGGUGAAGAGACUUGACUAAAUAUAAGGAGCGAUCUCUGAUAUUUAGAGAUCUGACUACAGUCGUACAGAUCGCAGCCAUGUCUAUCCGCAGCUCCGUGAACUCUUGGGUUUGGUUGGAGCAGAUCAGCAGCAGCUUAUUCUGUUAUUCCUCCUGAGAACAGAUACGAGAGGCGGGUGCUCAGUUCUAUCGGGACCUUUUUUCAGUCCUGACUUUCUCUUAUGUCUUGGGCUGUUUCUGUUUUUAUGGGAUAGCAAUCCGUUAUCUUAUUUAUAUGCAAAUAAACGCACAGCGCUAAAUGAUGAUGA